AUGAACUCAAGUGGAAAUGGAUAAUUGAAAUCAAGCUCUAUUAAUAAAACAAAAGGUUCGAAUGAAGUUAAGAUUCUAGCUGCAUUUAAGCAACAAAUUAUUGUUGAUUCUGAAAAGGGUCCAAUUAAAACAAUUUAAUAGGCUAUUGAUGAAUCUCUUCCUGGUUGUGUUAUUAAGAUUGCGCCAGGUCUUUAUUAAGAAUGCUUAAAAAUAACAAAACCUUAGUUGAGAUUGGAAGCAAAAGAUAAAAGCGGAGAUGUAGUCAUUUUAGGGAAUAAAGGUCCAGUUAUAUUAUUAAAUGUGUAAAAAAGUGAGAAAUGUCAUUUAGUUGGCUUAAAAAUAGCCCACACAGGAUAAGUAGAAGAUGAAAAGGAUGAAGGAUAUAAAAAGAGUCAUUUUACUAAGAAUUUGAAUGUAAACAACUAAGAAAUUAUAGAAAGAGAUAUAAAUUAAGAUAUAAUUACCUAUGUUUCACCUCCAGAAAAAGAACUUUGUGAUGUAUACAAUAUAAAUUAGUAUGUUCAUAGUAUUGUGACUGUGUAUUCAGGCAAAAUGUUCAUUGAAGACUCACUUCUCUCUUUAAAUUUUAUUGCAUAUACGUUUAAGCAGAUUCUACCUGCUAUUUUAGUUUCAGAAAAUGGAGAACUGAUAUUAAAUAGAACUGAAGUUAAAGGGCAUAAAAACUAAGACACAAUAGGUGUAUUAAUCCAAAAUGGAGAUGCCUUGAUUAAAGAUAGUAAAAUCCAUAACCACAAAAGUGGAGGUAUUUAUAUAAAAUCAAAACCAACUAAUCACGUUAAAAUAGUAAACACUAAAAUUGUUUAAAAUGAAAUAAUUGGUGUGCUGUGUUAAGGGAUAGACUCUCAAGUCUUAUUGGAAGGCAAUAAAAUCGAAAAAAUUGGUGGUCCAGGAAUUAGAAUAGGUAUAUCAAAUAAAUCAUGCAUCAUCAGAAAUGAAAUUAGGCUAAAUAGACCUGGAAUUGAAGUCAUUAGCGGUGAUCCAUACAUUUAUGAAAAUAAAAUAGAUAAAAAUAUUUCUUCUGGUAUUGUUACAGUUGCUUAUUCAGACUACAGAUGCGAUGGAAGGAUAAAAAGUAAUAUUAGUAUUUCAGGCAACAGAGACUUUGGAAUUGUAUGCAGUGGUAUUAAAAAUCACACAAAAAUAGAGUCUAAUCCAUGCAUUAGCUACAAUAAAAAGAGUGGUAUAAGAGCAGAAGAUAACUCAGAAAUAUAUAUUUUUAAAAAUAAGAUAUCUAGAAAUAUGGGAUAAGGUGUUUUAGUUGUUGAAACUGCAAGUGCAGUAGUAGAGAAAAAUGAAAUUUAUGAAAAUAUGAAAGCAAAUAUUGCUUUAGGAGGCGGUAAUUCAGUGAAUACGUUAAUUGUUGAAAAUAAAAUAUUCGGAGGAAGAUGUGAAGGUAUAUUUAUAAUAGAUGGUGAAAAUGCUUGGAUAUUAAGAAACCACAUUUAUGAAAAUAAUGAUGGCAUCAUCUCUGUAACAUCUAUACCUCUAAUUUAAAGCAAUGAAAUAUACAGAAAUAAAAGUCAUGGAAUUAUGAUGGUUAAAGAUAGCAGAGUGAAUUUCUUAAAUAAUAAAGUAUAUGAAAAUGAUUCUGGUGUAGGGAUUUUUGUAAGAGAUAAAUGUUAAGGGACAAUUAAAGAUAAUGAAACAUACAACAAUAAAGUUGAUAUUUUAGUUGAAAAUAGAAUUAAAUCACUUGCAAAUGUUAGAAAAGAAAAUAAAUUUUCAGGGUUAGUUAGAAUUCCACAAAACUACGAUUUCUCUUAUAUGUUAGAAUCAAAUAGUAAUUUUUGCCAAAUAUUUUGA